AUGAGGGGUAGAGGAGGGGGACUGGCCAGGGCAAGUCUGAGCAGGAGAUCCAGGGAAAGCCUUGCAAGAGGUCAUGACCUGGGAGCCUCCAAACAAGGCACUGGUGCCUGGCUCUUCCUGUCACUGAGAUGUCCCUGCAGGCCAAGGAAGCUGAAGACUGAGGUGGAGAAGCACAGACUUUUUGAAGACUCUCUGACUGAGGUCCUUGAGAAGAUCCCCAAGGGUAUGUAUGGAGCUUCCCCUCCGAGGCCGCCUCCCAGCCUUGGGGCCAGGACACCGUGCCACAGUGAAGGGGAGGGGCCGGAGGAGGCCCUCGUGGAGACCGUGGUGGAGCACUAUGGGAAGCUCUUCACCAUCAACCAGGACAUCCAGAAGCAUCUGGAGGCCUUCUCCAAGAGGAACCAGGUCGUCCACCAGAGACUGGGGUCUCUAGAGGAGAGUCAUAGGGCUCUUACCCCAGCUCCUCCGGACCAGGCCCAGGGCAGAUGCCCCAGGAGGGUUUGCGGCACCCAGGUGACCCAGCCCCUCCCACCGCAGAGCCUCAAGAUUCCGCUGUGUCAGCUGCAAAAGAGGUGUCGCAGCAAGCAGGAACAGUGGUAACAUUUGGAACACCAUGUUGCCUACCAGAGAGACGUGGACAGCUGUGAUGUGGGAAGCAAGGCUGUCACCACUGACCACGGCCCCAGAGACCUGAAGCCCAGGACUCCGGGGCUGCCCAGAGAAGAGCUGCUCAACUACAUGCACGUGGCCAUCAACAACAUGGUCCAGCAGUGUUCGCCCUCCACCCACAGCGUGCCCAAGAGCAGGGACCUCAGGACUCCCUGCCACCCCAGGCUGGCAAUCUCAGCCUGUUCAGGGCCUCCGCUCAUGGUGCAUUCACUCUUAGCCCCCGUGAGUCCGUCCCUCCAUGGCUACACGCGCUCCUGGGGCAUGGUGUCAAAGCACCUUCAGGCGACGGAGAUUUCUUUUUCCUCCCAGGAAUUUAUGUUGGACAAAAUGGAGACAGUGAGAUUUGUAUCACUGCGCGUGGAACCCAGAGUGUGCUGGUCAGCGGACAGUGACAAGAGUGAGGGCCUCAGAAGAUACCCCAGGUCCUUCAGGAAAUGCCCAAGGGAUCGAGAUUCGAUCCCCCAAACGCCCUUUCCCAGCACCCAAACUUCAGCGCGCUCCGGCCCGUACGGACCAGGCCGGCGACCAAGCCAGCCCUGCCAGCAUCAGGACCAUUUCCUUAGCCCCUCGGCCUCCUUUUGUCACCACAGUGCCCCCAAGUGGGUGGGAGCCAGCCUGUUCCCCGCACUGGGGGAUUGGCAGGCAACAAGGCUGCGGACCGGACCGGGGAAGAGAGAGAGGGAGUUCGCCGGGUGGGAGGCAGCCGGAGGGUGA